CCCUGCGUUUGAUAUGUGCAUAUCAGUUUAUAUGUGCAUAUGCUUGUCAGGAUUGGAGUUGCAGGUUGAAUGAGUCAGCUCUCAAACCUGGAACAUCUUUAUCUUAGUAGUUGUGGUUAUCUAUUGUCCGUAGGAGAACUUCCUCCGAAUCUGAAGGACAUUUUUGUCCAUGACUGUACAUCUCUGGAAAGAUUAAAUCUAUCCGAUUUGAAACUGUUGCGGGAGUUGCAACUCACAAAUUGCAGUGCUUUGACAGAGCUUUUAGGCCUGGAGGAACUCACUUCUUUAGGCCAUCUGUUUUUGGGAGGUUGCCGCCGUUCUCAACUGACACAUACUUUAACAAAGCCAUUGUUCCAGAUGUACUCUGGUUUUGAGAAAAUUAUUGAUAUUUCGCUUGGGGCAGAAGAGUUUCCAGAUUGGAUUAUUCAAUCAAGUGUAGAAUGGUCAGCUGAGGAUCACAUUUCAGAUGGAGACGCGUCAUCUUCGGUGAAUUUGCAACCAAACUUGGCACACAGUUACUUGGGGAUGAUUCUCUGCUUUGACAAUCAUGCCUUUUAUUCUGUUAUGACUACUGCAAGUAAUAUAUUCGAGAGCCAUAUAGAUUCAUCAGGUAUUGUAAUAGUUCCAAGAUCAAUCUUUACGGUCACAGAUACCGAUCAUACAAUCACAUUUGCAUCAAGAGCACGAAGACAUUGGAUUCAUCUACUGUACAAAAACGAGGAUAACAGCAUCACUCUCAAUGUUGCAGAUGAAGAAAACACCCCCUCUAGAGGAAGCAGGAAAAGAGGAAGAGGAGAAAGAUAAAUUUUUUUAAUUGGAUUUGGAGUUGUAAGGUAAAGAUCAAAUCCCUAUAAUUCUAUGUAAAAGUUAUCAUAUUUUGUAUAGGAUUUAGAAUUCAUAGUUCUUGUGUUUUAUUAUAAUUUUGGAUUUGGAGAUGAAGAUGACGGUGUUUUAAUAAUUGAUGACCAAGACGAAGACGGUGGAAUGUUGGAGCGUGUGACAGAGGAUGAUACGGUAUAUGAAUCAUUUAGCAGUCUGGCUUCCUUUCGGUUGCAACUAAUCCUGUAAAAAAUAUUAUAAGCUUCUUGCAAGUAGCAUACUCUACGGAUUAUGUAUAUAAAACGAGGGACCUGGCUGAAAGAAAUUACAGACUUGAUGCUUAUGGUAAGACAAUGAUAAGUCAUAGUUUCAAGGAGGCUGUUAAAUGGCUAGACGCUAACAAGAAUGCUGAAGUUCAUGAGUACGAGUACAAGAGAAGCAGCAGUUUAAAGAAGUCUGCAAUCGAUUCAGUGUUUCUGGUAGUUAAGGAAUUAAGAUUGAUGAAGUUUAAUAAGCUUCACAGGCUUAAAUUGUUCACUGUGUCGUGAUUUUCAAGACUUGAAUUGUUUGGGCAAGCUGAAGUUACUGUUUCCAUCAUUCUAUAGUAUAGUUUUCAGAGAUCGGUAUCUCGUUCUUGUUAGAAUCGUACAAAAUUUUGCUUCAUUUUUAAAUCUUGUUUAUCUUGAUCCCAUUAUCACAAUAUUUUUGAUUAAUGCAUCAUA